AUGGACGAGGUUGCCAGAAAUAUUCCUAGCAAGCGACAGCCACUACCAUCACAGCUUGAUAAGCGGGUUGGUUUAGAAGUUUGUCGGUACGACUUUUCAGAGCCACAAUAUGGCAAGGAUGUAUGUGAUAGAAUUCUUUGUCCGAUGAAAACAUGCAUCCGACGUUUCUGCAACGAAGGACACGACAUUCUAUCAGCGGGAGACAUGAGGAGGGCGCCUUCUGAAAGACCAGUGAAAGGUAGAUCCGCAUUCGUUUGCGAAGUUGACGAGGCGAAGAUAACCGGCCUAGAAAUGAACAAGAUAGAUGUUUUUAGCAAGCUUCACAAUGUCCAGUUUGAGGAGAAAAGUAUUCGUGUGUGGAGGUCGUACCGAAUAGGGCGUGGCAAGGAAAUCUCUUUUGACCAGCUGGUGUUAAAGGGCCAAGGGGACACUGGUAUCGUUGUUAAUGAAAAAUUUUUCCCUCUUCAUGAUACAUGUGUUUAUCAAUGCUCAGAUCCUGUGACAGAGAGUUCAGAAGAAGAGAAUGACUGGGACGAUUCGAAUAUAAGCAUGUUUGAAUGUUCCAAGCCUGGAUGCGUGAAGAGUUUCCAAACAUUUUCAGAGCUCAAGUCACAUUUGGACGUAGGGGAUCAUUGCGUCAAAGUUGAAAGGCCGUCAGAAACGCUAUAUGACAAGCUUCGAAGAGAUUGGGCAGACAGAUUUACUACGUCAGUCAACGUCACUGAAAAUGAACCGUCUGAACCUAAUAUCCGCCAAAGUGAAAAUGUCUCAAUAACCGCGUUGCACACUGUCAUCAUGGGCUGGGCCCUACACAGGCCACGAGCAGGAUCCAUUAGAUUAACUGACAAAGUUAAGAAAUAUCUAACUGCAAAGUUUGACCUAGGGGAACAAUCAGGGCCAAAAGCUGACCUUCAGCAAGUCUCAAAUGAUAUGUGCAAGACAAGAGAUGAGCAGAAUAGAAGGUUGUUUGAACGAGACGAGUGGUUGACUAAGAGCCAAGUACAGGGUUUCUUUUCUCGCCUUGCAGCAAGCAGAGGAAGGCAACAAGCACACUCAGAAAUCGAGCACAAUCCAAGGGAACUAUUUCUAGGGAAAAAAGAAGCUGAAAGACAACAGUUAAUGGCGCACAUUUCCAACGAACUGAAGCCGCAACACCCUCUGUCUUACGACGCCUUUAACUUGUGCGAGUGUGCGAGAGAUAAUAAGCCGAGUCUUUUUAAUGUUUCACUGCUUAAAGAAAUCUUGCACUUUUUUGAAGUACCAUUCAAAUCAAGAAACAGGAAAAAAGACCUGAUUGAACAACUGAUGUCCUUUAUACAAGAAUGUCAAUGCUUUAAUGAAGUGUAA